AUUUUCGCACUACUAAUCACACAUAUAUAUCCGUUUUUGUGUUUGCUAGCACUGCUUUUUUUUUUUGUUUACUUCUGUUUGUUGCUUUCUCUCAUUUUUAUCACAACUAUACUUAGCUUCUAGUUUUUGAUCUAGAAUUUUCUAAUUUAUGAGCUCACGUUUUCGUCACUUCAUAUUCUGCUAAUUUUUCCUUUUAUAUGCAUAUUUGCUUUAUCAGCAUUGCAGAAGGUUCAUAUUUGGAGGUUUCUGUUUGGAUCGGUUUCCAGAUCUCACGCUAUUAGGAGUUGCUAUAGUCAUUGCCUUUCUAAUGAGUGGUUAAUUAUGUGUUUUAGUUUCUAUUAAAGCAUAAAGCAAGUAGAACUUUCCUUUUCCAGUCACUGUAGCAACCGUGAAUUAUUGAAAACUUUGCAAAUUAGGUUCAGAGAAAUCCUACUCCAUAAAUCCACUUACUUUUGUUUCCUUCCGUUAGUUUUUCUUCAUCAAAUUUCGUAUUAUUCAUCCCUUGUUUGGACGAUUCUGACGUUCCCUUUCUCCGUCUAGCUCAAAUCAGCUCAAAAUGCACGAUCGUGGAUUUUCGAUUUUGCUAUGGCUUGGGGUUGCUGUGCUUCUGACAAAUUGCUUGGUAUCAACUGUUAACGCGGAUGGGGUGACGUGCUCGGGAAUUGUACCGAUGAAACAUCGCGAUGAGAACAUAUCCAUAGCCGAUUUCGGAGGUGUGGGUGAUGGAGUGACUCCGAACACCAAGGCCUUUAGGGAAGCUAUAUACAGAAUUAGGCAUUUAAACAGGACCGGCGGUGCGCUUCUCUACAUUCCUUCUGGAGAGUACUUAACUGGACCAUUUAAUCUCACUAGCCGGAUGACUCUAUACUUGGCAAGAGGUGCUGUCCUCAAAGCCACAGUGGAUACUAACCAGUGGCCCUUAAUAGCUCCCUUGCCUUCUUAUGGUAGAGGGAGAGAACGGCUUGGAGGAAGGUAUAUGAGCUUCCUCCAUGGGGAUGGACUCCAUGAUGUGAUAAUAACAGGUGAAAAUGGGACGAUUGAAGGUCAAGGUGACAUUUGGUGGAACAUGUGGAGGCAAAGAACCCUUCAGUAUACUAGACCCAACCUAGUUGAAUUGAAGAACUCCAGAGACAUAAUAAUUUCCAAUUUAACUUUCAUGAACUCGCCAUUUUGGAACAUACACCCUGUGUAUUGCAGCAACGUUGUCUUCAAUUAUUUGACCAUAGUGGCUCCUGCUGAUUCUCCAAACACUGAUGGAAUAGAUCCAGACUCGAGCACGGACGUAUGCAUUGAGGAUACCUACAUAUCAACAGGAGAUGACCUGGUGGCUGUGAAGAGUGGGUGGGAUGAGUAUGGAAUCUCUUAUGGCCGCCCUAGUCGUGGUAUAACCAUUAGACGGGUAACUGGAUCAUCAGCAUUCGCUGGAAUUGCAGUUGGAAGCGAAACAUCUGGAGGCGUCGAGGAUGUUCUAGCUGAGCACAUAACCCUAUCUAACAUGGGUGUUGGCAUCCAUUUGAAGACCAAUAUCGGGAGGGGUGGAGUCAUAAGAAACAUUACAGUAUCCAAUGUAUACAUGUACAAAGCACGAAAAGGGAUAAAGAUCUCAGGUGAUGUUGGCGAUCAUCCAGAUGAAAAAUAUAAUCCGAAUGCUCUCCCAGUUCUCAAAGAUGUUACCAUCAAGGACGUGUGGGGUGAAUGGGUGCAGCAACCUGGUCUGGUUCAUGGUCUGAAAAAUGCGCCAUUCACUGGGAUUUGUCUCUCCAAUAUUAGUUUCAGUGGUGCCCCGGGAAUGAGAAAUUCGCCUUGGCAGUGCUCUGAUGUAAGUGGAGGUGCGGUUCAAGUCAGCCCGUUGCCAUGCUCGGAACUGACGAGAAGUCAGCAGGCAGGGGAGUGUGCUUCUUCCUUCGCAAAGUGAUCAAUGAUUUGUAAGUGAAACGCGUUUGUAAACUCUAAAACGGAAGAAAUGUGAAAUUCGACAUGAAUCCCAGAUUGAUUAUGUAUGAAUUGGUCACAUUCAUUA